AGGCUGCUGUUACUUUAUGAAUCUCUAACCCGGAGUGAGAAUAUCCUUAUUGCCAGAGGACUGCGGCCGGCUGGGUGCAGGGCUCCCUCCUCUAGCUCACCACGCGGACCCCGCGUCUCCUCCAGCUGUGGUGGAAACGCGGCGGCAGAGCCUCGCCCACUCCAAUCCCCACUCUCUCCGUCCUCAGCCGUUAAAGAACAGCAACGCCUAGCACGUUCUUGGAGGGCUCCUGGCGCAGAAGAGAAGCAGGCGCAGGGGGACAAGAAAGGCAGCAUGCGCCCCUCGGGAGCAGCCUUGGCGUCCACGGUCUGAGGCCGCAACCCCAGUUCGCCAUUGUGAGCCGCCGCCAGGGGAGCCCGCCCGUGCCGCGGUCCCCGCGGGUUCCUGUAGGCGCCGCGAUGGGGCACCUGGCCACGAGGGCGCGCGGCAGCAGCCGCCUCCUGCCUCUGCUCUGGCUCUUUGUGCUUCUCAAGAAUGCUACAACUUUCCACGUAACUGUCCAAGAUGACAAUAGCAUCAUUGUCUCUUUAGAAGCUUCAGACGUCAUGAGUCCAUCAUCUGUGUAUGUUGUGAAGAUCACUGGUGAAUCCAAAAACUACUUCUUCGAAUUUGAGGAAUUCAACAGCACUUUGCCUCCUCCUAUUAUUUUUAAGGCCAAUUAUCAUGGCCUUUAUUAUAUAAUCACUCUGGUAGUGGUAAAUGGAAAUGUGGUCACCAAGCCAUCCAGAUCAAUCACUGUUCUAACAAAACCUCUACCUGUAACCAGUGUUUCAAUAUAUGAUUAUAAACCUUCUCCUGAAACAGGAGUCCUAUUUGAAAUUCAUUAUCCAGAAAAAUAUAACAUUUUCACCAGAGUUAACAUAAGCUACUGGGAAGGUAAAGACUUCCGGACAAUGCUAUAUAAAGAUUUCUUUAAGGGAAAAACAGUAUUCAACCACUGGUUGCCAGGAAUAUGUUAUAGUAAUAUUACCUUUCAGCUGGUAUCGGAAGCUACUUUUAAUAAAAGUACUCUCGUGGAGUAUAGUGGUGUCAGUCAUGAACCCAAACAGCAUAGAACCGCCCCUUAUCCACCCCGAAACAUUUCAGUUCGUAUCAUAAGCUUGAACAAAAACAAUUGGGAAGAACAGAGUGGCAGUUUCCCGGAUGAAUCAUUCAUGAGAUCACAAGAUACAAUGGGAAACAAACUCUUCCAUUUUACAGAUGAAACUCCUGAAAUACCCUCUGUCAGCAUUUCUUCGGGUUGGCCUGAUUUUAACAGCAGUGACUAUGAAGCUACAUCUCAGCCGUAUUGGUGGAACAGUGCAUCUGCAACUCCUGAAAGCGAAGAUGAAUUUGUCAGUGUAGUUCCCAUGGAAUAUGAAAAUAACAAUACACUCAGUGAGACUGAAAAAUCAACACCAGGCUCCUUCUCUUUUUCCCCUGUGCAAAUGAUCCUGAGCUGGUUACCACCAAAACCACCCACUGCCUUUGAUGGGUUCCAUAUUCAUCUAGAAAGAGAAGAAAACUUUACUGAACAUUUGACAGUGGAUGAAGAAGCACAUGAAUUUGUUGCUGAACUGAAGGAGCCUGGGAAAUAUAAAUUAUCUGUGACAACCUUUAGUUCCGCAGGAUCUUGUGAAACUCGAAAAAGUCAGUCAGCAAAAUCACUCAGCUUUUAUAUCAGUCCCUCAGGAGAGUGGAUUGAAGAAUUGACCGAGAAACCCCAGCAUGUAAGUGUGCAUGUAUUAAGCUCAACCUCUGCCUUGAUGUCCUGGACGUCUUCCCAAGAGAACUACAACAGCACGAUUGUAUCUGUGGUGUCACUAACCUGUCAGAAACAAAAGGAGAGCCAGAGGCUUGAGAAGCAGUACUGCACUCAGGUGAACUCAAGCAAACCUAUUGUUGAAAAUCUGGUUCCUGGUGCCCAGUACCAGGUGGUGAUAUAUCUAAGAAAAGGACCUUUGAUUGGACCACCUUCAGAUCCUGUGACAUUUGCCAUUGUUCCCACUGGAAUAAAGGAUUUAAUGCUCUAUCCCUUGGGACCUACAGCAGUGGUUCUGAGCUGGACUAGACCUUACUUAGGAGUGUUCAGAAAAUAUGUGGUUGAAAUGUUUUAUUUCAACCCUUCAACAAUGACAUCGGAGUGGACAACCUACUAUGAAAUAGCAGCGACCGUCUCCUUGACUGCUUCAGUGAGAAUAGCUAAUCUGUUGCCAGCAUGGUACUACAACUUCCGGGUUACCAUGGUGACAUGGGGAGACCCAGAAAUGAGCUGUUGUGACAGUUCCACCAUCAGCUUUGUAACAGCCCCAGUGGCUCCAGAAAUCACUUCUGUGGAAUAUUUCAACAGCCUGUUAUAUAUCAGCUGGACAUAUGGGGAUGACACCACUGAUCUCUCCCAUUCUAGAAUGCUACACUGGAUGGUUGUUGCUGAAGGAAAGAAGAAAAUUAAAAAGAGUGUAACACGCAAUGUUAUGACUGCAGUUCUCAGCCUGCCCCCAGGAGACAUUUACAACCUCUCCGUAACUGCUUGCACUGAAAGAGGAAGUAACACCUCCAUGCUCCGCCUCGUCAAGCUGGAACCAGCUCCUCCAAAGUCACUUUUUGCAGUGAAUAAAACCCAGACUUCGGUGACUUUACUCUGGGUGGAAGAAGGCAUAGCUGAUUUCUUUGAAGUCUUCUGUCAACAAGUUGGCUCUAAUCAGGAAACCAAACUCCAGGAACCAAUUUCUGUUUCGUCUCAUGUUGUGACCAUCUCCAGCCUCCUUCCCGCCACUGCCUACAACUGUAGUGUCACCAGCUUUAGUCAUGACAGCCCCAGCGUUCCUACAUUCAUAGCCGUCUCAACAAUGGUUACAGAGAUGAAUCCCAAUGUGGUAGUAAUCUCAGUGCUGGCCAUCCUCAGCACACUUUUAAUUGGGCUGCUGCUUGUGACCCUGGUCAUUCUUAGGAAAAAGCACCUGCAGAUGGCCAGGGAAUGUGGAGCUGGAACAUUUGUCAAUUUUGCAUCCUUAGAGAGGGAUGGAAAGCUUCCAUACAACUGGCGUAGGAGUAUAUUUGCUUUCUUAACCCUGCUACCCUCAUGUCUUUGGACUGAUUAUCUUUUGGCAUUUUAUAUUAAUCCUUGGAGUAAAAAUGGCAUAAAGAAGAGGAAACUGACUAACCCGGUUCAGCUGGAUGACUUUGAUGCCUACAUCAAGGAUAUGGCCAAAGACUCUGACUAUAAGUUUUCCCUUCAAUUUGAGGAGUUGAAAUUGAUUGGACUGGAUAUUCCACACUUUGCUGCAGAUCUUCCACUGAACCGAUGCAAAAACCGUUACACAAACAUCCUGCCAUAUGACUUCAGCCGGGUGAGAUUGUUCUCCAUGAAUGAAGAGGAAGGUGCAGACUAUAUCAAUGCAAACUAUAUCCCUGGAUACAACUUAUCUCAGGAGUAUAUUGCCACACAGGGGCCCCUACCUGAAACCAGAAAUGACUUUUGGAAGAUGGUCCUACAACAAAAGUCUCAGAUAAUUGUCAUGCUCACUCAGUGUAAUGAGAAAAGGAGGGUGAAAUGUGACCAUUACUGGCCUUUCACGGAAGAACCCAUAGCUUACGGGGACAUCACUGUGGAGAUGAUCUCGGAGGAUGAGCAGGACGACUGGGCCUGUCGGCACUUCCGGAUCAGCUACGCUGAUGAGAUGCAGGAUGUGAUGCAUUUUAACUACACGGCAUGGCCUGAUCAUGGCGUGCCCACAACAAAUGCUGCAGAAAGCAUCCUGCAGUUUGUCCACACGGUCCGACAGCAUGCUACUAAGAGCAGAGGCCCCAUGAUCAUACACUGCAGCGCUGGUGUGGGACGGACCGGAACAUUCAUUGCUCUGGACAGGCUGUUGCAGCACAUUCAGGAUCAUGAGUUUGUAGACAUCUUAGGGCUCGUGUCAGAAAUGAGGUCAUACCGGAUGUCUAUGGUACAGACAGAGGAACAGUACAUUUUUAUCCAUCAGUGUGUGCAACUGAUGUGGAUGAAGAAGAAGCAGCAGUUCUGCAUCAGUGAUGUCAUAUAUGAGAAUGUUAGCAAGUCCUAGUUCAGAAUCUUGAGCAGAGAGGACAUGAUGUGCACCCAUCCUCCCUGACUUCUGGAUUUUUUUGGGGGGAGGGUCCUCCUAGCCAUUUUGCUAAGAAGGGUCCCUGCUUUGUAGUAUGUGGCCAAGGAGAUCAUUAAUCUCUUAGAAGCACUGGAAAGACAUAGCCUUAAAGAGCCUACAGUGUCUUUUGGACUCUCACUUCUGGACAUUUUGAAUGGACAAUUCAACCGAGUACCACAAAGUCAAGACACUCUGCAAACAGCAGGAAGUACAGCACUUCCAAAGAGUUCAGCUGGCCCUUUCUUGGCUGGUUGGGCUGAGGUGUUAUUUUUUUUUUUAAGUGCAAUAUUUUUAGUAUGUGUGUGGUUUUAUCAGAAAGUAGAAUUGUUUUCUGCCCAUGUCAUUGGUCUAGCCCAUAGCCCAGGAAGGAAUAGACAUUAUUAGUAUCAAAUUAUACCUCACUUUAUUAAAAAAAAAUAAAAUAAAAUAAAAGGAGGCAUGGCCACACAUGAAGAAAUGGCAGUUCUACUUCAAGGAAAUGGAACCAGUGAUAUCCAUCGUCCACCAUUAAGCUACUGGAUCAUGAGUGGCGAGGGUGGAUGGGGGAAGAGAGAGGUGUUCUACCCACUGAUCAACAAAGUAUGUUUUCCUAUUCCAAAUAUGAAAAGCUGUAAUGCAGCUUCAAAGUAGAGUAGAGAAAAUAUUUAAAUAUUAAGUGUUCUAGUUCUUGAUGGUUUUCUUCUUUAUUAACAGUUGGAUGUUUAUUCCUUGGCCCUUUUGGACUAACAUAACUGUCCACUGUCCAGGUUCUUUUUUCAACAAACCAGAUCUGGUUCAGAAGAGUUUGCAAUCUGACUCUUUAGCCUCUGUUGCUGUCUGAGCAAUCUUGGUGCCUAGACUUUGCAUUCCUUUUUCUGUUGACCUGCAUACACGUGAGAGCUAUUUCUUUGAGAACUAUAGGCUGUGAAAAAUGCACUUUCUCCCCCCAAAGAGCUGGGAAUUUACGAAGUUACCGCAAUGAAUUGCAGCAUGCUAGGACAAUUACUUGUCUUCAUUUUUAUUAUUAAUGUCAAGAGUCUAUGGAUUUCAACAGAAAUUUCUUUUUGUUUUGUUUUCUUUUUGGUUGUCAGUUUCAUUUUAACCAGUGUAACUAGUAACAUGUUAUUCUUUGGAUUUUGUAUAAUUACAGUGCAUAAUUGUGUAUUGUGACAUGAGUGUGGUCAAAAUGGACAUUGAUGGCAUUGCAAAGCCUGCUACUUUGUGUCACUUCUUUAUAAAUAAGAGGUGAUGGUAUGGGUGCCAAGGGAACAUUUUGAGUUGAAAGUAAACACAAGCUGUUGCUUCACUGUG